AUGGCAAGAAAGCCAGUGCACAUCCUCAUUGUGGGUGCUGGAGCCGUGGGCUGUUUCUACGCGUCGAAACUGCAACAGGAAACGUCGUCGCGCGAUAUCCUGGUCUCGCUCGUGUGUCGCUCGAACUACAAGGCGAUUGCAGCCAACGGGGUGUCGUUGCAAACUCAUUCUUUUGGCAACUAUCACUUUACACCGUACAAGGUGUUUGCUUCGAUUGCUUCGGCAGCUGAUUCGCGCAUCAAAUGGGACUACGUAGUCGUCACCACAAAGGCACUUCCAGACGUGACCAACGAUGCACAUGAUAUUCGACGCUUGGUCACACGUGGACAAGAAGCCAGCUGUAUUGUGCUCAUUCAGAAUGGCGUCGGGAUCGAGGAGGUUCACAGGGCCGAAUUUGCGGACGUCCCGAUAGUCAGUGCGGUCACCGUGAUCAGUGCUGAGCAGAUCAAGCAUGGUGUGGUAAGGCAGAAUCGAUGGACCAGGAUCAGCAUGGGCUGCUAUACCAACGGCCAGGCUAAACCCAACGCGUUGCUUAACGAUCAAAACCUCAUCGAGAGCUUGACGGCGAAAACGGAUCUUCACAUUGCAAAUCUGGUAUCAUGGUUCACAGCAACGGGCAUCAAAGAUGCCGAACACGUAUCCGAGAUCUCGCUCCAACAAACCCGAUGGCACAAACUAUGCAUCAAUGCGUCCAUGAACCCGUCUUCCGUGCUGUCCGGUGGUACCCCCAAUUCGCGCAUGGCACUUGAUCCCGAACUUCGACAACACCUCCACGCUUGCAUGGAUGAAAUCUUCUCCACCGCCCCCAAAAUCCUCGGCAUCGAUUUUGAUCCCAAGAAACAUGCGAGUCCCGAGAGGAUCCUCAAGUCCACAGAGAGGAACACGGCUGGAAAACCGAGCAUGCUACUCGACUGGCAAGCGGCCAGACCGAUGGAGUUGGAGGUGAUUCUCGGAAAUCCGAUCCGCAUCGCCAGAAGGCAAGGACUCGACAUGCCCAGAUUGCAGACCUUGUAUGCCCUGUUAAAGAUGGCGCAAGUGAGGAAGCGCGAGGAUCAGAACGAGGCCAAAGCAAAUUUGUGA